AUGAAACCAAAAAUUAUUGAAAUGCUGUUCUCAUGUGACGUCAUUGUUCAUGGAUACAGCGACUUCCAAGUCACCAAACUCACAAAAAAUUUAAAGGCAUAUCAUGCUCUGUUUUCUGACGCUGAAAACCCUAUGUUUUCAAACGUAGACCCGACUUUAAUGGGUUUCAAAGAUCCAGAUUUAUUCAAAAAGGACCGCGAAAACAUUUCCUACGCCGGAAAUGAUGGGACGAACGACUGUGAACCAUCACAUGUACAUAUCGGCUCCGAAUUGAAAGAGUCAUCAACUUGUCCUUGGUUUACUAAGAUGGGUUAUGACCAGAAAAGAAAACCACACAUAAUACAUGUUGUUGUGUGUCGGUGUCGAAAAUGUGCUGAAGGUUGCUGUAUCGAGCACUUCAUCAACGUGCCAGUGUUGCGGCAAUACAGAGGAAAAUUUGUGCCUACUGUGGAGCCUGUUAGUGUUGCGUGUGUAUGUAAAUACAUGAGUGAAACAGAUAAGCAAAGUCACUGUGGCACAGGAAAAAUCGAAAAUGAAACAUACCCACGGAAAAAAAGAAAAAGAGGGAAACACAGAAAGAAAAAGAAUAAAAGCAACAUCACGAGAUGGACCACGGGAGAACUGAGAUGGUGGAGAAAUAAGAAUUGUUCGUACUAUAGAUAUUGCAAACGACGAGGCUAG